AUGGCUACUGCACCAAAAGAGGCAGAAAAUGCUAUUGGCUUGGAGGAAAUCCACACGGAGAGACAAGAACCCUCCAAAGGGCAGAAGACAUUUACAGUGGAAGAAGCUGUGGAAACCAUUGGGUUUGGGAGGUUCCACAUCUUGCUCUUCCUGAUCAUGGGCAGCACUGGGGUGGCUGAAGCCAUGGAGAUCAUGCUAAUAGCUGUUGUGUCCCCUCUCAUCCGAUGCGAGUGGCAGCUUCAAGACUGGCAGGUGGCUCUAGUGACAACGAUGGUGUUUUUUGGCUACAUGAUCUUCAGCAUAGUGCUUGGGCUCCUGGCUGACAGGUAUGGCCGUUGGAAGAUUCUGCUGCUCUCCUUCCUCUGGGCAGCAUAUUUCUCCCUGCUGACCUCAUUUGCCCCAUCCUACAUCUGGUUCGUGUUCCUGCGGGCCAUGGUAGGCGGUGGCGUGUCGGGCCACGCGCAAGGGCUUAUCAUAAAAACAGAAUUUUUGCCCACCAAAUACCGAGGAUACAUGUUGCCCUUAUCUCAGGUGUUUUGGUUGGCAGGAUCCUUGUUAAUCAUUGGCCUGGCAUCGGUGGUGAACCCAACCAUCGGCUGGCGGUGGCUGAUCAGAAUUGCUUCCAUCCCUGGCAUCCUUCUCAUCCUGGUGUUCAAGUUCAUCCCGGAGUCAGCACGGUACAAUGGAAGCGUGGCAGCCGCCGUGGCCACGCUGCAGAGGAUAGCCAAGAUGAACGGGGCGGCGAUGCCCGAGGGGAUGCUGAGGGAGCCCGCCAAGGAAAGGAGAGGAAGAUUCAAGGAUCUCAUCCACCCGAAGUACCUCAGAACCACUUUGCAGAUAUGGAUCAUAUGGCUCGGCAUAGCGUUCGCUUACUACGGCGUCAUCCUGGCCAGCGCGGAGUUGCUGGAGCGGGACCUCGUCUGCGGCUCAGCGACACUGCCGGCGCGGGACCCUGGCGAUGACUCUGAGGAGAGCCGCAGCCCCUGCCACUGCCGCUUGUUUGGGCCUGCUGCCUACCAGACCAUGAUGAUCAGCACAGUCGGGGAGAUCACACUAAAUCCUUUGAACAUUCUUGGCAUCAAUUUCCUUGGAAGACGCCUGAGCCUGUGUAUCACCAUGGGAUGUACAGCACUGUUCUUUCUUCUCCUUAAUAUCUGCACCUCAAGCGCCGGCAUGGUUGGGUUUCUCUUCAUGCUGCGUGCCUUGGUUUCGGCCAACUUCAACACCAUCUACAUUUACACAGCAGAGGUCUAUCCCACCACAAUGCGAGCCCUGGGGAUGGGAACAAGUGGGUCAUUGUGCCGUGUUGGAGCUAUGGUGGCCCCAUUUAUAUCACAAGUUCUUAUGAGUGCUUCCUUCAUCGGGGCCCUGUGCCUUUUCGCAUCUGUGUGCAUCGUGUGUGCCAUCUCUGCGCUCACACUGCCCAUCGAGACCAAGGGCAGGGCACUGCAGGUUUGUAUUACCGCUCCAGGGGCUCCUCUGUAA